AUGGUCGCCACAAGCUUGAUGGAGGAGGAGGAGCAGGAGCAUGGCACGCUCCUACGCCGUGUGCUGCAGAGGGCGGCGAGGGCGACCAGAGCCGUGGUUCGCAUCAGUAGUGCGUCUCCUUCUUCUCCGGCACCGGCGUCGUCAUCGCCCGGCUGCAGCAGUCACCGGCUGUCCCGGACGCCGAGCCUGCUGGACUGCAUGGACGACGGCGACGGCGACAGCGGGGAGUCGAGCUUCUUCUACAGCGCGGCCUCCUCGCCGGCGGCGGCCGAGGUAGUCCGCUCCCCGAGGCGCGCGGUGCAGCCGUCGCCGGUGGCCGGCGCCGGCGACGACAUCGACAGGCGCGCGGCGGAGUUCAUCGAGAGGUUCCGGCGCAACGAGUCGCUGCUGGACCUGCGGUACUGCGCGGCGCUGUCGCCGCUGAGCCCGGUCGGCCCGCCCAUGUCGCCGGACACGUACUUCAAGCUCUCCAGGCUGCAGCAGCACGGCGGCGCGGCGGCGGCGGCUGGUGGCGGCUCGCCGGCGGCGUACGGGAGGAAGAGCUCGCUGAGGCCCCGGCCAGGUAGUGGCAUGUCCAUCAAGUGGCCGACGGCCACGGCCGGAAGGCCUACUGUCCGGGUGUGAAUGUGUGAUCAGCGAUGGCGAUUUUAAUUUGGGAGUGGAAGGUGUGGUAUCUUAUGAUAUCUUCUCAUAAAAUUGCUCUUAAUUUAGAGUUUUGGACGCUGUCGCAGGUUUAUGAUUAUAUUGUUGAAUUAGCCUAUUCUAUCUCUUUCAAUUUUUCUCAAUUUAUAUGCAAAUCCGUAUUGUAAUUUUUUUGGUGUAUUUUAUGCAUCAUUUCGUUAUUAAGUAGUUAUUUAUUUACGGUGUUAUACUACCAGUAGAAACAAUAUGAGUUUUCGGUUUGUAAUUAAGGUUUGUAAAUGUGCG